AUGGACCCGAGAGUGUCGCACGCACACUUCGAAGUCCCCGACAAAGAGUACCCAGGGAUGCUCAAGCACUUGAGCGAGUUCCAGGUCAAGUUGGCCAAAUCAGUGGCCAUUGGCGUGGUCUCGGCUGGUACCGAGGACCCCCUGGGGCCGUCCAUCACCGUGUUCAAACGCAAAAACUUGAAAAAAUUCAGACGAAAGGACCACCCCCAUAACAUCUACGACCACAAUUCCAACUCGCCGCUCGAUUUGAACGAGUACGGCAAGUCGACAGUCAGCUGUAUUCGCUGCCGCAAGCUCAAGAAGAAGUGCACCCGUUCUGUGCCUGAAUGCUCCAACUGCAUGUCGUCAGACGAGCUCUGUGUGUAUGUGCCCCGCAAGUCGAAGCACAAGGACAAGUUGACGGUGCGGACGGGUUCCACCGGAAGCUUGCCAGAGAUCUCCCAAUCAGAGUGGGAUUUUGACAAGAAAAAGCCAACCCACAAGAGGCUAUCUUUGCCCUUGAUCCAAAGCGGUCUGGUCAAGCGAGAGUUCGACCCCGUACAACACUACAACCCCCAGGACAAUUCCAAGCUGGCCACCCCCGAGGAAACAAACUACUAUUAUGGAACAAAACGAAAUCUGGCACACGAUUUUGCAAUUAUACUAAAUUAA